CUUGAAAGUUAAAUUAUACUGCUCACCGGUAACUAAGGAAUUGCUGUUGACUAACUGGAAAUACAAGUUUUGGGAGAACCACAUUGUUGCAUUGGAAGUUGAAACUCCAACUCAGAUUUCUUUAGUAGAUGAAAUAUCUGGUGAGAAAGAAGAUCUAGAGGUGACACUUCUACCAGCUGGUCACUGUCCAGGAUCAGUCAUGUUUUUGUUUGAAGGUGAAAAUGGCACCGUGCUGUAUACAGGGGAUUUUAGGCUUGCAAAAGGGGAAGCAGCCAGAAUGGAACUUUUGCAUUCAGGAUCCAGAGUAAAAGACAUCCAGAGUGUGUAUUUGGACACCACUUUUUGCGAUCCCAGAUUUUAUCAUAUACCAAGCAGGGAAGAAUGUUUAAAUGGGAUCUUAGAGUUAGUGCGAAGCUGGACCUCACUGAGUAACUAUCAUGUUGUGUGGCUGAACUGCAAAGCUGCUUAUGGAUAUGAAUAUUUAUUCAUAAACCUCAGUGAAGAACUUGGAAUCAAGGUGCACGUGAACAAACUUGACAUGUUCAGAAACAUGCCAGAAAUCCUCUACCACAUUACUACAGAUCGACACACUCAGAUUCAUGCCUGUCGACAUCCUCGGGAUGAGGAGUGCUUUCGAUGGAACAGGCUGCCCUGUGGGAUGACUUGCCGGGAUGGAACCCCCUUGCACAUAAUCAGCAUCAAACCCUCCACUAUGUGGUUUGGGGAAAGGAUCAAGAAAACGAAUGUAAUAGUGAGGACUGGGGAGAGUACAUACAGAGCUUGCUUCUCUUUCCACUCUUCAUACAGCGAGAUUAAGGAUUUCCUCAGCUAUAUCCGUCCUGUGAAUGUGUAUCCCAAUGUACUGCCAGCGGGUGGGACAGAAGACAAAGUUAUGGAAAUAUUAAAGCCAUUAUGCAGGUCAUACAGGAGAAACAUGGAACCCAGGUACAAGCCUUUGGGAACACUGAAGAGAGUCCCCAAGAGAGACUUGUCUGAUACAG